CGAUAAGCUAAGAGUUGGGAAAUUUCUGAGAUAAAAUUUGUUAAUAGUACUUGUAGAAACGUCAUUUAUAACAAUUAAUUUAGAAAAUUUUGUUAGUUACUGUAAACAUAGAACGGUUAGGAGAACAUGAUGUAACAAAUGACAGAAGAACUUGCAUAAGAGUUUUGCAAAGGUUACGAACAGGAUAAAGGUCACAUUCCGCCAUAUGAAUUUCUUUUUUUACUCAUCCUUUUACCUUUCACUUUGGAGUCUUUUUUUUUUUACUUCCUCGCACAUACGAAAGAAUAUACGUAUAAAAGCGUAGAAUAACACGUUUAUUAUUAAAGAAUGAAAUGAAAAAAGAAAAAAAAAAUGUAAUAAGAUCGAUCCUUUCGAGGUGAUCUUUAGAAAAAUGUCUUCUGGAAGAACCUCGAUGUAAAUGUCAAGGAAUAUCGUAGCGAGAUAUGCUGAGAAGAAAAAGAAGAAUUAUAUACAUGCCCGGAUGGUUGGAGGGGCGUCAGACAUCGAUAAGAGAAAUCGAAUCAAGCUUGCUACGUGGAAUUGUGAAAGUAAAGGUGUAUCGUUCCUUUCGAGUCAGGUUAGGUCUAAUGGACAAGUUCUGUGCAUACCUGUUGCUCUCACUAUUCUACGUUCGUUUCAUUCCGGUUCUUUUACUCGUUUUAUCGACACUCUCCGCUUACGUUUCUCUAUCAACGAGUUGAUAAAAAAAAAAAAAAAAAAGAAAAAAUUAACGUGAUAAUACUACAACGGUGAUAACGGGAUUCCGUUUUACAGAAGUCAUUCCUUAGUGUCAAAUACAUAGCUUUUGACAAUUAUGGAGAAUUUGAAAAGAAAAUUGGUGGCCUACGGUCAGGAACAUCUGUUACAAUAUUGGGAUCAGUUGUCGCAAGAGGAGAGGGACAUAUUGGAGAAAGAAAUUUUAGAAUUAGACUUAGUCGAAUUGACAUCUUAUUAUGAUAGAGCAACGUCAUCCUUAUCUACUGUUAAAAAUAAAUUAGACGAUAAAAUACAGCCUAUACCAGAAAAUAAUAUUGUUUCUGGCGAAGCUUGUACUAAAGAAGAAUUGAAAAUGUAUAAUUCAUUGGGAUUAAAAGAAGUAGCUGAUGGACGUGUUGCAGUUUUAUUAUUAGCUGGUGGACAAGGUACUCGUUUAGGUGUUACAUAUCCUAAAGGUAUGUACGAAGUUGGAUUGCCAUCCCACAAAACUUUAUUUCAAUUACAAGCUGAGAGGAUACGUAGAUUGGAAACAUUGGCAGAGAAAUAUUUAGGAAAGAGGGGUGAAAUAAUAUGGUAUAUAAUGACCAGCGAAGCCACGCACGAUUCUACGAUUAUUUAUCUUCGAGAAAAUGAUUAUUUUGGUCUAAAGGAGAAAAAUGUAAUGGCCUUUAAACAAGGUAUGCUACCUUGUUUCACUUUAAAUGGAAAAAUUAUUUUAGAUGAGAAACAUAAGAUAUCAAGAGCACCCGAUGGAAAUGGUGGAUUGUACAAAGCAUUGAAAGUCCAAGGAGUAUUAGACGACAUGGUACAACGCGGUAUUCGUAGUAUUCAUGUACAUUCCGUAGAUAAUAUCUUAGUAAAGGUAGCGGAUCCUAUAUUUUUGGGAUAUUGUUUAUCCGUAUCAACGGAUUGUGGCGUUAAAGUAAUUGAAAAAUCUUCACCGUCCGAGCCAGUAGGAGUGGUUUGUAAGGUGGACGAUCAUUAUCAAGUCGUUGAAUAUAGUGAAAUUUCAAAAGAAACGGCGGAACUUCAACAGGACGAUGGUCGACUGAUGUUCAAUGCUGCAAAUAUAUGCAAUCAUUAUUUUACCGUAGAUUUUUUAUUGGCACUUGGCAAUAAGUACGAGGCAUCAAUGGAAUUACAUGGAGCUAAGAAGAAGAUUCCUUACGUCGAUGAUAAUGGAAAGAAAUGCACUCCAACCAGUCCUAAUGGUAUUAAAAUUGAAAAGUUUGUAUUUGAUGUCUUCAAGUUUGCAAAAAAUUUUGUUGCCUGGCAAGGUAUUCGCGAAGAAGAAUUUAGUCCUCUUAAGAACUCGGAUUCCGCCAAGCAGGAUUGUCCCUCUACCGCACGUCAUGAUUUACUUUGGCUUCAUAAGAAGUGGUUGUUAAAUGCAGGCGCGCAAAAAAUUAAUGGGGAUGUUGAAAUAUCACCUUUACGUUCAUACGCGGGUGAGGAUUUAAAUAAUAUAGCGAAGGACCAAUCAUUCGAAGGGCCUAGCGUUAUCGAAUAACUCUAUGAAACAACUUAAUUAAUAGAUCGCAUUGAAGAAGAUCUUUUAAUCGAGAUUUUAUUAUUAUUAUUAUUAUUAUUAUUAUUAUUAUCCAAGGGAUAUAAAACAUUUGUAUUUCUUCAGUAUUGUUAAAGAAGAAUGGAAAUAUUUAUAUUUCGUCUUCAUUUAAAAAUCAUACGUACGGUACAAUGUUGGACAAUAUUGAAUUAAAUUAACGAUUAAUAUUUACAAUUGAUGUUCUCGUUUCUAUGGAACAUUUAGACGAUCAAUGUUUUGUGACUCUAUAACAAUAGCUCGUCAAUGAUUCAUGGUGUGUCUCUAGCUACGAAGUUAUUUAUCAAUACUCGAUCAUUGACAUAUAACCUCCUAAAUAGAUCAUAGAUCAUUGACAAAUUAUUCCAUAGAAAUAUUUACCUAUAUUGUUAUUAAUCGUUAAUCGAUUAAAAUAAUGUACAACAUUGCUGUGAUUCAAUAUGAGAUAAGAAAAUUUUUUAUCGGUGUGCGAUUUUUGAUAACGAAUGUAUAUAUUGCGAUCUAGUCGAUUAUCGAGCAAGAUACCAAUAUCAUACAAUAUCAAUGGUAUGUAAUAUCUGUUUAUUAAAUAUAUACUUUUUAAUGAAUGCAA